UUAAUUCAAUUUAAAUAAAAUCUUAGUGCUUUUCAAUUACAUAAAAACGCUACGUUACAACCAACUACAACAAAUACAACAACAAUAAUAAACAACCACAACAUCGCAAUUGACGUAGAUGCAAAAACAACGUGUAGGGGAAGUUGACCAAAUACAAAAUUUUCUUUUGCUUAUUUCAACGCGCGACUGAAAUUUGAAAAAAAGAGAAGAGAAAAAACUGUUGUAUUAAAUCAUCAGUAAAAAUAGAAAAUCAACACAACACGCAUCAGAUCACAAACAACAAAUACAAUAGCCGCAACUCAUAAUUAAUAUGUACGAAAAAACAUUAACAAUAGGAACUGCAAAAGUUAAUAAUGCAUAUGUGUGGCAAAAAGUGAGUUACAACAACAAAAAUCAAGCCACAGCGGCAACAACAACAUCAGCAUCGACAGUCAAGUCUAAGCAAAAGCAACAUAACAACAACAACAAGACAGUAUCAAGCAGUGCAAAAAAUGCAAGCAAAACGCAUAAUGAACAUUCAAAAACGACUGUAACAACAAAAUCAGCUGUAGCAGCAAACACAACACAAACACCAGUAACAUCAGCUACGAUUGCGGCUUCGUUAAAGCCGGCAACGCAGACGCCGCUUUUCAAAAAGUUCGUUGGCAACGCGGCUAGGCGGCAGACGCUUGCACAUCAAAUAAAACGCGCACACCGCCAUCUAUUGACGAGCGGCGGCAACGAUAAGCAGCCACAAAAACCAACUACGCGUAAUAAUAAACAAAGAACAGGUAGCAGCGCAGCAGCUGCUGCAGGACAGCAGACAAAAACAACAAAACCUCAACAGCAGCAGCGUAAUAAACGCACGCUAAAUGCAAAUAAACAUUUGUGUUGCUCAAAAAGUGAUAAUCAAAAGAAUAAGCUAAAUAAAAAGCAACAAAGUAAGCGUGGCAAAAACAACAACAACAACGCAGCUGACGACGCCAAAUCAGAGCUUUCAUCACGUUGGGGCUCAAUCGAGGAGCAGCUGAAUGUGCUCGACAAUCUGCUCCACUACGAUGAGGAGGCCGAAUUGUAUAUAGCGCAACUCUACGACAGAUAUCAACAGCUACAGAUAGAGAAUAAGACCACCUCGCUUGUGGAUAGCGACAGCGACUCAGAGAUUUGGAGCUGGAGCGAUUACGACUACGAUUUGGAGCUGAACAUGUCGAACAACAACAGCAACGAUGACGACGCCCUGUCCAGCACCAGUGGAGCGGGCAGUCAUAGCACCAACAAUUCCAUCGCAUCACCAUCUUCACUGGUACCGUCCUCCUUAAAGCGUCGCGGUCACCAGCAUCAUCCGCGCUUUGCGGGCACACGACGUCCCCAAGUGCCCAAUGUCCAGGAGAUACUGGCCGCUCUCUACCGCGGCGAUUCCAAAGGUGUGCUCUCCAAUCUGCGUGGUGAACCGACAGAUCCCGAGCCAGAACCAGAUCGCAGCACUUUAAGUUUACCUUUAACUGAAUCGGUGACAAAUUCGCUGGGCAGCAAUAGUCCAACACCCACGGAUGAGAGCAGUAUGCUGGACGAUGCCAACACCACAACAAAGGCUGCUUCUGCAGCUGCUGGCGAGGAACAGGCUGUGCCUACGGCCAAAAAGAAGAAAAAACGUGACAAAGGUGAAAAAUCUGAGAAAUCCGAGCGUAAAAAGAAAUCAUCAUCAUCGUCCACAACUGGGAAACGAGAGCGCAGCAAGCGUUCCAGUGGCAAUGCCUCCAUCAUGGAAUUAAGCAGCGACAGCAUGGCCACCGACCUCAGUGCGGGCGCAAUCGAUGAGGGCAUCGUACUCAACCCAGAGGACGAGGACACCCAGACAGCGGAAUGGUCCAAGCUGCGUUGUACCAGCGAGGCAGCUGAGAUUGUGGCAGAGCGAGAGGCACGUAGGAAUAAAGGACGUUGUGCGGACUAUCCGGGUUUGGCCUUUGGACGCUCCAUCUUCAGUUCGGACACGAUGAUGAAGUUCAACAUCAUUCGCAACGAGCUGCACAACAUCAUGAAUACGCAACUCAAGCGGGCCGAAUCUGAGGUCGCUGCAUUGAACCGUCGCAUUCAAUUGCUCGAAGAAGACUUGGAACGCUCUGAGGAGCGUCUGGGUUCCGCCACAGCUAAGCUGUCGGAAGCUUCUCAGGCUGCAGAUGAGAGCGAACGGAUACGAAAAGCGCUUGAAAAUCGCACAAAUAUGGAAGACGACAAAGUAGCUCUAUUGGAGAAUCAAUUAGCGCAAGCAAAAUUAAUUGCAGAAGAAGCUGAUAAGAAAUAUGAAGAGGUGGCUAGAAAGUUAGUGCUCAUGGAACAGGAUCUGGAGCGUUCCGAGGAAAAAGUUGAGCUCAGCGAAAGCAAAAUUGUGGAGCUUGAGGAAGAGCUGCGCGUUGUUGGUAACAACUUGAAGUCCCUGGAAGUCUCAGAGGAGAAGGCCACACAAAAAGAGGAAACCUUUGAAACGCAAAUCAAGGUUUUGGAUCAUUCCUUGAAAGAGGCUGAGGCUCGUGCUGAAUUCGCUGAACGUUCCGUUCAGAAAUUGCAGAAGGAAGUCGACAGGCUCGAAGACGAUCUAAUCGUUGAAAAAGAACGUUAUUGCCUCAUCGGCGACAGCCUCGACGAAGCCUUCCUGGACCUCAUCAAGGGCCUCGAGCCAUUCUGGACAGUGCGCAAUCCCAAGCCACCUACGCCCAAAUUGCCCACACCAACUCCCGAGGAACUCGCCGCCAUGGAGGAGGCCAGAGCCGCAGCCGAAGCAGCCGCCGCUGCAGCUGCGGCCGAGGCUGGCGAGCAGGGCGCAGAGGGUGCUGCGCAAGUUGUGUUGUCAGAGGAUGGUGUGCCGGUGCCCAAGGAGCCGACGCCACCACCAAAGGAGCCAACUCCACCACCACCACCACCGCCACCAUUCGAGUACUCGAUCGAUUUGCCGCCAGAGGGCGCUGAAGUGCCAUUCGUUAAGAACUAUGAGCCACCACCACCCGGCUCUGAGCCCGAGCCAGCUGCCGAAGGCGAGGCUGCUGCACCAGCGGCUGAGGGAGCUGCACCUGCUGCUGACGGUGCUGCUCCAGCGGCUGAGGGAGCUGCCCCACCAGCGGAAGGCGCGGCGCCACCAGCUGAGGGAGCUGCCCCACCAGCAGAGGGAGCUGCACCGGCUGAGGCUGCUGCUGCUGCACCGGCGGCUGAGGCUGCUCCUGAAGCACCAGCGGCUGAGGCAGCUGCGCCAGCGCCUGCAGCUGAAGCACCUGCUGCCGAAGCGGCUGCCGCGCCAGCUGAAGCCGAGGCGCCACCAGCCUAAGCGAAGCGAAACAAAACGAAACGCGAUAAACGACACACUGCAACGAUACAACCUUAACGAUAUGAUAUACCUCCAUUAUCGGUCGAUCGAUCGUUCUGCUGCGCAAGAAAAGACCCACAACAAAAACUGCUACAAAAUGCUGCCCCGCUUUCACUUGUACAAUCUGAAGCACGUUUUGAAAACAGAGAAUAAUAAUAUUUUUAUAACAUUUAUUAAAACUUAACCGAAGCAUUGCAAAAACAAAA